AUGUCUCUCCACCGCUUCCGCAACAUAGACUCCUCUAGACCCGCGUACGACAGAAGGGACGACCGUGCUCUAUACAAACCCUCAUCAUCACGCACACCUACCCUCGAAGAAGACAUCAUCCCUCUCACAAGCUCGAUAUCAAUAUCGCGCAACAACUCCUCCAAGAUGAAAGCUCUUGACCCUCGCCGUCUCUCAAUGCGUCUGAAACGAUCAAGCAUCUCGCCCUCGCCAUCUCCAGCUCCCUACGACCAACACAGCACAUCAACGUUCCACCGAACACAUCCAGAUUCUCUACCACUACCUCGCCAUACAUCACCUUCGCCUAGUACCCGCACCGAAUUUAUAUACAAGCCCAUUCACCAAACGGACUACACCGCCGUCGUAGCUGAAACAGCUACCGCCCAGAGUCGAUCGGCGUCGAAAUAUCACUAUAACCAUCUUCCAGCUGGUCCAGCGAGCGGGAAACACAUGGGGCGUGGGAAUCGCGUGGAGGAGAGAACGAUCUCAUUGCAGUCGCGAUCGCGGUCUCGUUCCAGAGCUCGACCUCAGGCUCGCGCACGUUAUGCAUCGUAUGACGAGGAUGAAAUUAAUGCAGGCGACGAUUUAUAUGAUGAUAUGGAUGGGGAGUAUACCUCCAUUGCCCGGCCAGGGAGAGACUACUCAACGGAACUAUAUACUUUGACUGCGGACAAGAGGUGCCAUCGGGCAGCGAGGCGCUUAACCACCGUGAUGGUUCCUGAUGCGGAGGAUAUUUAUGGAUGA